AUGGGAGGCGAACUUGGGCGGAUUAUGCGCAGAAUCUCGAGGCCUCAAGUCCAAAUCCGCCAACGCGCGCAGACACUAUCCGGAGCCAUGUACUUGACGAGGGCUCUAUAAUUAUGCAGGCCAUCGCUGCUGUCUCUUCUUCAGCUUUCCAACCCGAAUCUAUAAUAAUACCGAUUCCGCCAGCCACAGAUAAAGCAGUAAAGCAGAUCCUCUUGGGCCUAGAAAUUAUAGUCAGAUCAAGCAAAUUCCCCCUUUUGGAAGGACCAAUCAAUGCUAUGAAAAUGGUGGUGUCGGCAGAGCUCAAGCGUGAAGAGGGACAAGAUGUAAAUGCACUGCGACUUGCUUUGACAGCUCUCGAGAGUGUCACACCUCUGCUUCAACUGCAAUCCAUACAGAAUACGAAUGAGGAUGCAUCCAACUUCGCUGGGAGAGUCUCGAAUAUCGCGGCCGAGUAUGCGAUCGAUGUCAAUUACUGUGAGAAGGCCAUUGGGCGUAUUUAUGCAUCUCCACUGAGUGAAGAUAAAGCAAACUCAGAGACCUCAGCCCCCGAUCCCAAUCAGAAUUCUACACCCCCACCUGCGAAUGGCGUGGACACGUCGUUGUCAGGAACUACUGGAGUCGAGAAAGUCCCGAGUCUUUCCAAAUUCGACGACAUCACCGCUCGGCUGAAGCAGUGGAAAGAAGAUUUUGAACUUUGCCUUACUGUUCACUCUGAAAGAGGGCUUCGACGAUUCAGAGCAGCAGCGAUCACUAUUCUGAACAAUAUUCACCGGAACGACUCUCAAUCUCCUGGCCUGUGUUAAAGGGAAAACGCCUCCUACGCUUGGAGUACGUUCGCCUUCGUGCAAAGCAAUAUUUAUUAGAACAAGCGGAAGCCCUUUGGAACAUUGGAAUUGGGAUUUCUGAUGAAGAUGAAGCCAAGCUCGAACAGUUGAGGCCCAAAUGGUGCCCAAAGAUAAGCACUUUUGGGAUUCCCUUGCUGUAUUGGAGCGUCGGCGUAUCUUGGCCCAUUUGUGGCAGGAUUGCGAUGUUUGCAAAUCGGUUCCCAUUUUAGGACCACGUUGGCGUUGUCUCCUCUGCAACGGUGC